AUGGGUGCGGGCGCAGCGGUGGAGCACAUCAAGGAGUUCAUUGGUCGGUUGGCUGAGGUUGCGGUCGCGCUUUCCCUCAAGUGGAACUCUUCUUCGCGCCUCAUCUGUCGACUUCACGCCGACACUAUAGCUUCCCACGCUACCUCCACCCAUCUCUCCACUCAACCCUCAGAGUCUUCCAUUACGGAACCUCUGAACUACAGCCCAGCCUCGCGCAGCUUUAGUUCGUUCGCAACAAUCAUUCCCACGUUCGACUUUACGUCGUUCACCACGGCUUCUCAACAGUCAACAUGGCUCCCUUCACCAGCUCCCCAAGCCUCGCGGCAACCACUGCAACCGUCCCAAUCCGACUUCGUCCCACCCCAGACGGACUUCGUGCUCUACGACCAACCCGCCUCGGCCCCGCAACGUCCUCAGCGUCAACCGAGCGCUCCUCAAUCUGGGCAUACGUUUAACACCGGCCAGCACUUCUACGCAAAUAGUGCACCAUCAUCUACAACAGGAUUUCAACAACAGCCUCAGUUACAACGCCCACCGGUCCCUUUGUUCCCUAGUUCUAGCGCAAGCAACAUUCCACAACACAAUACGCACGUCAAUAUGGCAGGUAAUGCUCCUUCCUGUCGCUCUCGCCCACAGCCAAGUCUCACACGCUUCGUAGAUCUGAACAGCAACAACUCGUUUGACUCCAACAUGGGCGCUGGCCUUGGGCCCGCCUUUGGUAACGAGAUGUCUUGGAGCGAUCUCAACACAUCCGCGUUCACAACUAUCAACGACCCCUCGAUUACUUCUGGGUCUACGCGGACGAUAUCUCCUAAGGACUUGUUCCAAGACCCUCUAGGAUCUGCACCCCCAUCGACAGCGUUCACCGACUUGACUUCUCCUGAUAUCGGCGAAUCUCCAUUCCUUACGGACAGCUAUGAUACAUCCCCUAUCUUCCAAGGUGAUGGUUUGAUGUCAAGCGACAACUGGUUCUCUUUGUUCCCAGAAGACGCCAAUGACAUGAAACCUACUGCUCCUCUCGCUCCUGCACUAGAGCGAACUGUGAGCAGCAACUCGAUGGCAAGAUCUAGCUCGUCUAGCACGAACUCUCCUGUUGUCUUGGAUAGUUCUCAUCGGAGGAAAUCGUCCAUCAAUGGUUCUCCCGCCACAAACGCAUCUAUUUCCAAGCCUCGUCGUCGAAAAGGCCCUCUCCCACCAAUUGCCGUUGAUCCCAAUGACAAGGUGGCUCUGAAACGAGCUCGUAAUACUCUUGCUGCUCGUGACUCUCGGCAGAGAAAGUUCGACCAUGUAACGACUCUGGAAAAGCGGAACGCGGAACUCGAGGCGGAAGUCGAGAAGUGGAAAAGCAUUGCUCUCGCUCAGGGUUACAAUGCCUCAUGAAUGUCUCAGUCUCUUUCGAAUCGGUUGGAGGUUCUGAGGAGCUGGUGAAGCAUCGUCUUCACCUUUGCCUUUUGGCAGAAGUAUUUCUUUUUGUGUUUUUCAGGUUGUAUCUCAUUUCUCCUUCGGUUUCGGUCGUUGGUGAUGGGAUCUCCUGCUGCUUUGAUUUACCGUUUGUCUUUUCCGGCCGGAGCGCAGUCUCCCUUCGGUUGAUCGACUCCUCCUGGUAACGGCUAUUAGCAAUCUAGAUCCAUGGCUCCCGAGUCAGGAUUUGUGGAUGCUUAUCACUGUCCUUUAGCUGAGUAUUGUUUUCGUGAAGAGGGAA